ACUUGCAUUACAAUGCUGACGGGUAUCAGAGAAGGCAGGUAGUCUUGCAACAUAAAUCCGCCAUUUACCGCAUACAUCGGGAUAUAGCCUUGCUGAAUAACACCAGGCAUUUACGAAAUCUAGGCGACGACCGCUAGAAUAAAAGGCAUCACGUCCAGAAGCUACUCUGUAUUCCUCAAACAUGGCAGAGCUUCAUGUGGCUACAGCGAUGUCGCUUUCUGGACGAGUAGGCCUUGUUACAGGAGGAGGGACUGGAAUAGGAUUUAUGAUUGCAAAAGCCUUCGCUGCAAACGGGGCGAAAGUAUACAUCACUGGGCGUAGGCAGGAUGUGCUAGAGCAAGCCGCGACAUCAGUUACAGGCGUCCCAGGAUCUAUUAUUCCGAUCCAGAUGGAUGCUACUGACGAAGAGAGUGUCAAGGCUGGUGCCAAGCACAUUGAAGAAAUCGACGGCAAACUUGAUAUCCUUGUUAACAAUGCAGUAUUUGCAGGAUCCCUUCGCGACCCAGACUUUACCACAAAGAAGCUCGCGGCGACAGAUCCAUUUGAACCUGAAACCGUCCAAAACUGGGCAGAUAUGUUUGCACUCAACACGAUUGCCCCGUUCUUCGUCGUACGCACUUUCCAAGCGCUCCUCGUCAAAGGAGCUCGGUCCCGCCCCCAGGGCACAUCCAGUGUCAUCAACAUCAGCAGCGCGGCAGCCAAGAUGGACUCAACGAGCCCUCUGUCGUCUAUAGCAUACAACGUAACGAAGGCUGCUUUGAAUAAGCUCACACUUGUUCUGGCAACGAAUUUUGCUGGGAGGGAUAUUCCGAUUCGUGUGAACGCGCUGGCUCCGGGCGCGUUUGCGUCACAACUGAUCAGUCCUGAGGUUUUGGAAGCGAUCAAGACUGAGCCAAUGCCUGGGUUAGUCGCGCCGAUUCCUGCAAAGAGACAGGGAAAUGAGGCGGAGAUGGGGGUGUCGACAGUCUAUUUGGCUGUGUCUGACUAUACGAACGGAGCGAUUUUGAGCAUUGAUGGUGGAUUAUCGCUGAUUCAAGAUGACUACUGUGGUACACAAGAUCAUUCCAGAUUGCGUGUCAGGAGACCAAGAAGCAGGUCGAUGGUUUUUUUUUUUGCUCAACACAAUAAUGCGUCAACGAACACGGAUUACCGGUUUAAUAAUCGACAGCUUUUACACGACUAGGAGUUAGGGUUAGGAAGACAGUAUAUCCACUUCAUUACUGUAUGCCGUUGCACAAGAAACUUCAACUUUUCGCAAGCCCCCCGUAUUUUCAAACCAUGACGAUGUGCUGGGCACUUUUCUCUCUGUGCGUUUUGGAGUCUUUCGUGUGUCUAGGCUUCAGUUUCUUUCCUUACGACCAUUCAAGCUAGAGAUUUUUGCCGUACCCUGCAUCGUCGCUUACUAGGCAGCCGAUCAGCAUCUCCACUAACCACCUGAAGAUACUAGACUGUCCUCCGUGUAGUGUACCAUCGGCUCCUAGUCAGGAACGCGGGAGUCAGGACGUACCAAAUUUACAACGGAGAUUUAGAAGGGCGGAAAACUUGACGCAGAAGUGGAGAUGGCCAUUCGCC